AUGACAUCUCCGCAGAAGACGCUUCAGAGUGAAGCAUUGUGGGAAACAAACAUCCCUAACGUCGAAAAUGUUUUGAAAAGACGAAGGAGGUUUAGGUUGUGAGCUUUUAAUAGCCACUAAAAUGAAGAGUGUUUUCGUUCUUUCGGAAAAGGCUUGGGCAGGCUCUACUGUUCUUUACAAAUGGCAGAAAAGCCUUGGAAACUACAUUGCUGUUGCCGGGCAGGAUAACUCAGUGAAAAUAUUUGAUCGACAUGGACAGAAGUGGACUGAACUCAACCUCCCAGGUCGCUGUGUGGGGAUGGACUGGGACAAGGAUGGCGACAUUCUUGCAGUGAUCGCUGCAAAAUCCAGCUUAAUCUACCUCUGGGAUGCCAGUGUCAGUAAAAUGUCACAAAUAGACAGCGGGAUGAGCAAAGAUCAGAUGACCUUCAUCCUGUGGUCUAAAGCUGGCCCUCUGUUGGCUGUUGGGACAGCAAAAGGAAACCUGCUGAUCUACAACCAACAGACCUCACGCAAGAUCCCCAUACUGGGUAAACACACCAAGAAAAUCACCUGUGGGUGCUGGAGUUCUCAGAAUCUGCUGGCUCUGGGAAGUGAUGACCACACUCUUAGCAUUAGCAACCAUGAAGGAGACACAGUCAGACAGACAACACUUCGAGGAGAACCUGCUGAAAUUUACUUUUCUAUGAUGAAGACGGAUGAAAGGUCUUCUCAAGGGGAGAGCACUGUCAGCGUGUCCGUGAACAAGAAGAUCCUGAUGCUUUUCAACAUGAACGACCCCCAAAACCCAAUCGAGCUGGCCUUUGAGCCUCGCUACGGCAACAUCGUGUCCUACCGAUGGUACGGUGAUGGGUACAUACUGAUUGGCUUCUCCCACGGAUACUUUGUGGUGAUUUCCACACACAUCAUGGAGAUCGGCUUUGAGCUGUACCAGGCUCACAAUCAUAAAGACAGUCUCAACAGCGUGGCCAUCUCACCUGCUCUUAACAAAGCUGCUUCCUGUGGGGAUAACAGCAUCAAGAUCCACGAGCUGUCUGAUCUCAAAGAUAUCAGCAACAUAGUUCAACUGGAGGAUGAAACUAAAGGUCUGGAUCAGAUGAACUGGACAGAUGACGGACAGCUGCUGGCAGUUUCCACACAAAAAGGGACGAUUCAUGUCUUCCUGACUAAGCUCCCCAUGCUGGGGGACAGCUUCGGUACCCGGCUGGCCUUCCUCACCUCCCUGCUGGAGGUCACUGUUUCCAAUCAGGUGGAGGGGGAGAGUCCUGUAGCCAUUCAGGUGGAAGUGGAGCCCACAUUUGUUGCAGUUGGACCGUGCGACGUUGCCAUAGGGAUGAACAACAGAGCCUGGUUUUACGGUGGUGACGAGAUAAAGGAUGUGGAGUAUUUGGGGACGAUAGCCAGCAUGCAUCUUAACACGGACUACGCAGCAGCCCUGUUUGAAGGCAAAGUGCAGCUACACAUGAUUAAAGGCAGAGAUACAGAGGACAGGAAGCAGAUGAAGCUGUUUCCAGGUGAUGACAGACAAGGCCAGAUCCUUUGCCACGCUCUGACCAACGACUUCCUCUACUAUGGCACGGAUACGGGCUGUGUGGUGUGUUUCUUGGUGGAGGACUGGGAGACGGUAAACAUCUACAAGCACGCGGUCGGUGUACGGAAGGUGUUUCCUGACCCAAAUGGCACGUGGGUGGUCUUCAUUGAUGACAAGAAUGGCGGCUUCCUGUUUUCCUCUGCAAACGCAACCAUUCCCUGCUUUGAGCUCCCCAACUUCUCCCCCACCAUCACUGGGGUGCUGUGGGACAACUGGCAUGCAGACAGAGGAGUAUUUGUGGCCUUUGACGAUGACAAGGUCUCCACUUAUGCCUUACACAAAACUACAAUAUACGGCCCACAGGUGGUGCUGGUGGGGGCCACUGCCCUCCCCUUCUCUCAAAGACCUUUGCUUUUGUACAAUGGCGAGCUGACCUGUCAGACAACAAGUGGCAAAACUAGCGAAGUGUCUCUGAGCACGCACGCGUUCCUUAAGCACUCGGCUGACUCCCAUUCACCAGAGAUCAGCAAGCAGCUGAACCAGGCUCUCAUGCUGAAACGGUUCCACGAGGCUUGGAAUCUGUGCAAGUCUUCAGGCAGCGAUGCAGACUGGGCUGAGUUGGGUAAAGCCUGUCUGGUCCACAUGGAGGUCGAUCUGGCCAUCCAGGUCUACCGCACAAGUGGGAAUGUGGGAAUGGUCCUGUCACUGCAGAGUAUCCAGGGUAUUGAAGACAAAAACUUACUGGCGGGAAAUUUGGCGAUGUUUCUAGAAGAAUACGAUCAGGCUCAAGACCUUUAUCUGUCCUCAAGCUGCCCGAUUGCUGCUCUGGAGAUGAGAAGAGACCUUUUGAACUGGGACAGCGCCCUAAUGCUAGCUAAAAGGCUAGCAGAGGAGCAGAUUCCCUUCAUUUCCAAAGAGUACGCUGUUCAUCUGGAGUUCAUUGGAGAUUAUGUUAAUGCGUUGGCACACUAUGAGAAAGGCAUGACCCACAGCGAUAAAUUCCAGGAGCACGACGAGGCGUGUCAGGCUGGUGUAGCCAGGAUGUCCAUCAGGAUGGGGGACAUCCGGAGAGGAGUGGCUCAGGCUAUUCAGCAUCCCAGUCGAGUCCUCAAGAAGGAAUGUGGAGCCAUACUGGAGGGCAUGAAGCAAUUUUCUGAAGCUGCUCAGCUCUAUGAAAAAGGCCAGUAUUACGACAAGGCUGCGUCCGUUUACAUUCGCUGCAAGAACUGGGCAAAAGUGGGAGAGUUGCUCCCGAAUGUCUCCUCUCCGAAGAUCCACCUGCAGUACGCAAAAGCCAAGGAGGCAGACGGCAAAUAUAAGGAUGCAGCUCAGGCCUACGAGAGCGCCAAGGACUGGGAUAACAUGAUCCGUGUUCUGCUGGAUCAUCUCAACAAUCCAGAUGAUGCCGUUCGCGUCGUCAGGAAUACGCAGAGCAUUGAUGGAGCAAAGAUGGUAGCCAGGUUCUUCCUGCGGUUGAACGACUACAGUUCAGCCAUCCACUUCCUGGUUCUGUCUCAGUGUAACGAUGAAGCGUUCCAGCUGGCGCAGCAGCAUGGACAGAUGGAGGUCUACGCAGACAUCGUCGGCUCUGAUGCGACUCAGGAGGACUACCAGAGUAUUGCUCUGUACUUCGAGGGAGAAAAGAAUCACCUGCAGGCGGGCAAGUUUUUUCAGAAGUGUGGGCAGUUCAGUCGAGCCUUGAAACACUUCCUGAAGUGUUCCAGAACUGAAGACAACCUGGCAAUAGAGAUGGCCAUUGAGACGGUGGGGCAGGCCAAAGAUGACUCUUUAACCAAUCAGCUGAUUGAAUACCUGCUUGGGGAAAGUGAUGGUGUACCAAAGGAGGCAAAGUACCUUUUCCGUCUCUACAUGGCCCUGGAGCAGUACAGGGAGGCCGCUCGCACUGCCAUCAUCAUUGCCAGAGAAGAGCAGCUGGCAGGGAACUACCGCAUUGCUCAUGACGUGUUAUUCAGCAUGUACACAGAGCUGCAGGCUCAGAAGAUUAAGAUCCCUGCAGAGCUGGCCACCAACCUGAUGAUUCUACACUCCUAUCUUCUGGUCAGAAUGCAUACAAGGAGAGGAGAUCAUCUGAAGGGGGCGCGGAUGCUCAUUCGAGUCAGUAACAACAUCAGCAAAUUUCCUGCACAUGUUGUGCCCAUUCUGACAUCAGCAGUAAUCGAAUGCCAACGCGCUGGACUGAAGAACUCAGGCUUUAGCUUGGCCGCCAUGUUGAUGAGACCAGAAUACAGAAAUAAGAUCGACCCAAAGUACAGGAAGAAGAUAGAGGCCAUGGUUCGUCAUCCUGAUACUUCUGAGUUAGAGGAGGAAACGACACCAUGUCCCUUCUGUGGCUUCCAGCUCCCACAGAAUGAGCUGCUGUGCAUUUCUUGCAAGAACAACAUACCCUAUUGCAUCGCCACGGGUCGUCACAUGCUAAAGGAAGACUGGUCCAUCUGUCCUCACUGUGAAUUUCCUGCCCUCUAUUCACAGUUCACUCUAUUGUUGGAAACUGAGACGGCGUGUCCCAUGUGCUCUGAAAGUCUGAGCACCAGACAAGUGAAGAGGAUCUCAGACUGUUCUAGUUACCUGCAGACUAAUGACGUGGAUGAGUGAAAGAACCAAUGUCAAAUUUACAAUAAAAUCUAUGUUUUUAAGUUUUUUAUUUUCUAAAAUUGUAACUUUUUUUAACUACAUAAUCUGAACUUAACCAACACAUAUAAAGACUGAUAAAAUGUCAUCUUUGUUCAUAAAUCAGCUUCUCUAGUUUUAUGGUAAAAACAAACAUUUCUCGGUUCGUUCUGUAAGUACAACCCUCAUGUAAAAAUAUAUAAACUAUUAACAUUUCUAGUCUGAGCUGAUUAAAAGUUGUCAAGAUGAAAUUUUUCAUGAACCAUGUGAAUCUGUUUUCAUACUUGUAUAAAAAAAUCUCACAAUAUUCAGAAAUUUGUUAAACCACUGUGUUUUGCAUUUGCAAAAUGUGUUUAAAAGUGUAUGUAAAUUGUC